AUGGAGGUAGCAGACAGAGCAGUUGGAUUUCUAUUGUCCAUUAUAAGCUUAUCGAUAUUCACUUAUUAUACUUUCUGGGUUAUCAUCCUGCCAUUUGUAGACGGUGAUCAUUUCGUACACAAGUAUUUCUUACCCCAAGAAUAUGCCAUACUAAUACCAGUUUCUGCUUGUGUGGCUCUUCUUUGCCUCUUAUGCAUAUUUAUUGGAUUCGUGAUGCUCAAAUCCAAGAAGAAGAAGGCAUAA